AUGCUCUCGACUUCCUUGAUUCUUACACUCGGUGCUUCGGCUAUGGCCGCAACGGUCCAGCGAGAUCUAGCGGUAUGGACACUGCAGGGCUGCUACACAGACAUAAGCACAUCGCGGACCCUCGCCGGAGCGUCUACCGCCGGCGCUAAUAUGACGGUCGAAGCGUGCCAGGCGUUUUGCUCCAGCGGUGGGUAUAAUCUUGCGGGGGUAGAGUAUGGCUCAGAAUGCUGUUCGUUACCUAUUUCUCGCUUGGUUUUUUUGUUUGAUAUCUGGACAGAUUGCGACCAUGCACUGCAAGCACCUAGUACCAUCGCGAGUGCCGCGAGUUGCAAUAUGCCGUGCAGCGGAAACAAGGCGGAAGUUUGUGGAGCAGGCAACUUUAUCAAUGUUUAUUGGAACGGACAGCCAUUCCCGGUUGCCCCUCCAUUAGUGGGGACGUGGGGGCUCCAGGGAUGCUUUGCGGACAAUGUCAAUUCGCGAGCUUUACCGCACCAGCAGAUCAUUUCUGGGAUGACCAUUGAGAAAUGCACUGCAGCAUGCAAAAGCAAACGGCUACAACGUCGCCGGACUAGAGUUUGGUCAAGAAUGCUGGUGCAACUCCCAGCUUCCUUCGACAGCACAGCUAAAUAG